AUGUCUAGAUACGAAAAAAGGAAGGACAUUGAUAACUUAGGGAAGGACAUAGAUAACUUAAGGAAGGACAUUGAUAACUUAGGGAAGGACAUAGAUAACUUAAGGAAGGACAUUGAUAACUUAGGGAAGGACAUUGAUAACUUAGGGAAGGACAUUGAUAACUUAAGGAAGGACAUUGAUAACUUAGGGAAGGACAUUGAUAACUUAGGGAAGGACAUUGAUAACUUAGAGAAGGACAUUGAUAACUUAGAGAAGGACAUUGAUAACUUAGGGAAGGACAUUGAUAACUUAGGGAAGGACAUUGAUAACUUAGGGAAGGACAUUGAUAACUUAGGGAAGGACAUUGAUAACUUAGGGAAGGACAUAGAUGACUUAAGGAAGGACAUAGAUAACUUAAGGAAAGACAUUGAUAACUUAAGGAAAGACAUUGAUAACUUAGGGAAGGACAUUGAUAACUUAAGUAAGGGCAUAGGUAACUUAAGGAAGGACAUUGAUAACUUAGAGAAGGACAUUGAUAACUUAAGGAAGGACAUUGAUAACUUAGAGAAGGACAUUGAUAACUUAAGGAAGGACAUUGAUAACUUAGAGAAGGACAUUGAUAACUUAAGGAAGGACAUUGAUAACUUAAGGAAGGACAUUGAUAACUUAAGGAAGGACAUUGAUAACUUAGGGAAGGACAUUGAUAACUUAGGGAAGGACAUUGAUAAACUGGAAAGAGUUUAA